AUGACAUACCCGGGGAUGGCAUUUGUUUUCGUGGUUGGUGUUGGCCUGGCUACUAUUUUGUACUACAUGUUCGCUGAUAAUUCACACAAUCAGAAUAAUCAACAUGGUUACUCCAGCAGCAAUGGAAGCGGUCCACCUCCUGACAUACCUCCUAACUCUUGGAGUGUUCCCACUGCCAGACCAAAGAACCGGCGAAAAGGAUCUAGUGCCAGUACUGACAAAGCCAAUUGCACUAUUUGCUUGGCUGAAAUUUCUAUCCAACAGAUUUUUAAUGAAAGUCACAAGUCUUGUCCAAACUGUCGAAGGAGAAUAGAAGAAGUCUGUUAA